GUCGCACUGUCUUUCAUUAAGUCACUAGUAACUAAGGGCAUAGAACAAAGCAAUGUUAAUAAACAAACCGAAAAAUAUUUAGGCCAAUUCUAAAACAAACAAUGCUCACAAUAGCAGUUCCUUGGUCGCUAUAACGACGGACAACCCCACUGUUUACGAGCCGAAGUCUGCACGAGAAACAGUAACGCACCACCUCCGAACACGAACACCCACCGAUACAGUACGACUGGUAUUAUACCAGUCAUAAAAUCAAACAAACUAUACGAAACUAACCUCAAAAAAACAAGUGAAAAAAUAACGGUCAAUUUAAAUUUUCUAAUAUCGAAUGUACAUUCGAUUAAACAAAUACGAAUGACAGUUCCAAAUUUAAAAUGAGUUCCAAAUUUAAAAAGAACGCGCUGGCUGUUUUCGUUUAAAAUUAAGGACUAAAAAACAAAAAUGAUCAUUACAUUAGUGUUGUUAUUGCAAAGUACUUUAAUACUGUCGGCGAGGGAACCGCGCCAAAUAACUUUAGCGAAUCAAGGGACCAUAUCGGGAAUGUAUAUUACGAGAUUCCGGACUAAAAGAAUAGCGGCCUACCUCGGAAUACCUUUCGCCCAGCCCCCAAUAGACUUCAGAAGGUUUAUGCCUCCAGAAUUUACCGAUUUACCCCAAUGGGAAGGUGUGAAGAAUGCGACGAUAUUUGCCCCGGACUGUAUGCAGAGUGACCCUAAGAAGGAAGAUGUGCAAAAUACUUUGAAGAAGCACGACGAUUUGUUUAUGAAGCUCUUGGAAUCGCAAAUGGAGGAUAAGAAGAAAAAGGAAUAUUCUGAGGAUUGCCUUUAUUUGAACGUGUAUGUUCCCGAUGAUUUCAAAGUGGAAGGCUAUCCUGUGUUGGUCUGGUUCCACGGCGGAGACUUCGUCCGAGGCAGCCCUAACAGCGUCAAUCCGUUCCAGCUGGUGCUGAAACAGAGGGUUAUAUUCGUAUCCGUUGCUUAUCGGCUCAGCAUCUUCGGAUUCUUCUCAACACUUGACAACGAAGCAUCAGGCAACUUUGGUCUUUUGGACCAAGUCGCCGCUUUGACAUGGGUCAAGAACAACAUCGAGAGCUUUGGAGGAGACCCUGAAAAUGUCUGCAUCAUGGGGCAUGACGCAGGAGCCGUCAGCGUCACCCUUCACCUAAUAUCAUCUUACUCCGCUGGUUUAUUCCAAAAGGCAAUCGCAAUGAGUGGAAAUGCUCUAUCACCAGAAUCAGUAAACGUAGCGAGGAAAGAAGUAGUGACAGUAGACAAAGUAGCUGUAGCCUUCAGUUGUUUCCGAAAACCUACGUACCAGUUACUUGACUGCCUAAGAAGAGUUCCGGAUCAAGCCCUCUUAGAUAUAGCUGGUCCCGUAACAGACUGGAAACCCAUAGUCGAUGGAGGGUUUAGCAACAUAACAAGUCCAUUUAUACCAGAGAUGCCAGAAAAGUUAUUCAAAGAUGAAAUCUUUUCACCAGUCCCUCUAUUAGCCGGGUAUACAAAUAUGGAAGAUGGAUUGCUUCUAGAAAAAGAUGAUAGUGGUGAUUCUGGAAUCAGUCAAAGGGAAUUUGAUUCAAUGAGAGAAGAAAUCAUUCUAGCAGACAUCACAGUAGACAACAGUUCUUGUUUUACAAAUCAGCAUCACAUACAAGACACAGUCGCGUUUUUCUACAAACCAAUCCCCCCGACUACAAAUGAGACUAUUCUAAGAAAACUAUUCGUAGAUUUUUAUACGGAUAAGACUCAUGGAGCUACUACGUACCACUUAGCGAAGCUCAUUAGUCCUCAUUCUCCCGUUUUUCUCUACAGAUUUGAUCUCAAGCCAUUUUCUGACAUUGCUAAUGAGGGCCUUCCAGAGUGGAUCGGUGUUCCUCAUAACUUUGAUUUAAUCUUCACCUUUGGGAUGCCUUAUCUAGCUUUGCCCGAAGACUUGAGUAAAUGGGAUUACAGAGACAAAAGCAUAUCAGAAAUCAUAAUGAGGAUGUGGUCAAAUUUCGUUUGGCAUUCGAAUCCAACGAAUUCAGGAGUAAUAAUUGAUUGGCACGCUUUUGAAGUAGAACGGCCCGGGUAUUUAAUAAUUAAUCGGGCGAAUUUUACAAUGAGCACGCCAGCGACAGUUAAUUAUAAAGCGUUCGAGUUUUGGACGGACUUUUACCCAAAAGUUGUGGAAAUUGGAACAAAGUGUUGUAAAGAAGUCUUAGUGUAUAAAACCACCUUAGUUUUGCUGACGUCAUUCGUGGCGGGUCAGCGACCUUUCUUCGCUGGAUUACGACCUAUAGGAUUCCCUGAAACGCCAAACAGGACUACUACCACACAGGAUCCAUUAGGAAACCGUUUCGGCGAAGGAACUACAGAAAGGUUGCCAAUCGAAGCCAACGGCGACAGAGAUUUAAUUGAUCGACUUAGCAAACUGCCAAUCGACAAGCAGCCCUUCUGGUUCAUCAACUGGCAAGCUUUAGAAGAACACAGGAAGAAACCUCAAACGUACCCACAAAGGCCGAACGUCUUCGUUGACUCAGUGCCCCUGACUUCAAAUACUCAACCCAGUGGUUUCAGUUCAAAUUCUGGCUUUUCCUCCACCUCUGGAUCGAAUUCCUUCAAUCAAAACCCAGGAAACAACUUUGCGUUAAAUAACAACCCUAGUAAUUUCCAAUUCAGUGCACCAGCUGCAUCCAGUAGCUUUAAUCAGGUCACUGGCAACACCAACAAUUUUGAUGGUAUUCCAAAUCGUGUGAGUGAAGCUCAAUUUGGACUAAAGCCCACAAUUGGGAAUAAUCCUGGUUUUAUUCCGAACAAUGAUAAUUCUUAUACUUUCGUUUCCAAUACUAUGGAUAUCAAUGGACAAAGUUUUAACACUGCAUCUAAUGACGGACAUUCUUACAGUACACCCAACUCAGGUCCAAGCUCAAUGAGACCCAAUUCGGGAAGCUCUAAUGCUGGUACGUCGCCAACAUUUAAUUCAAAUAUUGGACCAUCCCCUGUAUCAAAUUCAAAUGUUGGGCCCAUAUUAAAUACAAAUGCUCAACCAUCUCCGCUAAGCUCAAUUAUUAGGCCCAACUCUGGUUCAAGCUCGAAUAUUGGAAACAAUCCCAACUUCAGUUCAAAUAUACCCUCUGCUUCGUCGAACAUUGGACCUAAUUCAGUAAUCGGCUCAAAUAUUGGACCCAGCCCUGUAGUAAACUCAAGGCUACCUUCAACGGGUAUAUCCUCCAACAUUGGACCCAAUUCUGGGUUAGGCACCAACACCAACUUUUCAGCUGUAAAUCUGUACCCACCAAACGCAAACCCAGCGGCCUUAUUACUUAAUAAACUACCUCCUAAUGCUUCAUUUGGAAACGUUUCCUUCAAUUCUUUCGCUAAUUCUUUCAACAAUUCUUACCAACACAAUCAUAAUGGAUUCUUCGUUCAAUCUUACAAAACAGACUCGUUUGUUUCACACAGCAGUUCCUUUGGCUCAAGUACUAGGUAUCCAGUAUAAGCCCC